AACACGGAUAUGUUUUAUAUUUAGACAUCUGCUCCAGAUGAUUUAAUAGUGACUGUACUUGCAGUAACAGCCGCGAGCUGUUACUUGCGCUCUAGAUUUGCGCAGUUUUUGCCUCGCUUGUGAAAUAUACCCACGCCUGAAAGGAAGGACACACGUUUGAGGAAAUAAUCGGAUGGUGCAUUUUGCAGAAAGGGCAGGAGGAAUGACUUCCUCAAAUAGGAUGGUAACGCGUGUCUUUGGAGACACAGCGCGCGCGGUGCGCCUCAAGUUUGUCUGACUUUCUGCACUGAAUACACAAAUCGUAUCGUGUAAUUGCAUAACCGCUGGCGCAAACGAGAUAAAUCUGGACCACAUUGUAAUAUGUAGUGAUGCGCGCUGCUUUAAUGAAUCGCAAGACGCUGGACGUCACAGCCACGUACCUCGCCGUGCCACAGGUGCGCACUAAACUUUGGUUAUUCAUUAUUGAUUAACGGCGGAAAGAAAAGGAGGAACGCGCUGAGGGACAAAACAAUUACUCGCACUAUGGAGAUCAUGUCCAAUCAACCUACAGCAGAGGCGGGUGGCGACCACACCGCUGCGGCUUCCAUGUCUGCAGGCGUGGAGAGGGCUGAUGUGACCAGCCCGAGUCCGGUGACCAAACAGAGGUCCCUACGGGCGGUUUAUGUGCUGAAUGAUGGACUGAAGGCAGUGGCCGCGAACAGCCCGGAGUCCGGGGCGCUCCAGUGUCUCCAACGCGCCUGCGACGCGGAAAGUGCCAUAUUAACCACAGUAACUUUCGGACGAUUAGAUUUUGGGGAGACAACAGUGCUUGAUACAUUUUAUGACGCAGACAUUGCAGUUGUGGACAUGAGCGAUGUGUUCAGACAGCCCUCCCUGUUUUAUCACCUCGGUGUGCGUGAGAGCUUUGACAUGGCCAACAAUGUCAUCCUCUACCAUGACACGGACCUUGACACUGCACAGUCGCUUAAGGACAUGGUGGCACAGAAAAACACAGCCUCCAGCGGGAACUACUAUUUCAUCCCCUACUUGAUGAUGCCCAACAACGAGUACUUGUGCUGUGAGAACGUGGCCCAGCGUAGAGCAUCGGAGUACAUGCAACCCAACUGGGACAACCUUCUUGGACCUCUGUGCGUCCCAUUGGUUGACCGCUUCGUCAGCUUGCUCAAAGACAUUCAUGUCACGUCUUGUGCUUCAUACAAAGACACCCUACUGAACGACAUCCGAAAAGCUCGAGAUAAAUACCAGGGUGAGGAGCUGGCCAAGGAGCUUUCCCGUAUCAAACUCCGCAUCGACAACACUGAGGUUUUGACUCAGGACAUUGUUAUGAACCUGCUUUUCUCCUACAGAGAUAUACAGGACUAUGAUGCUAUGGUUAAAUUGGUACAGACCAUUGAGAUGUUGCCCACCUGUGACUUGGCCAACCAGCCCAUGAUUCAGUUCCACUAUGCUUUUGCGCUCAAUAGGCGAAAUAGCCCUGGAGAUCGAGAGCAGGCAUUGCGUGUGAUGUUGCAGGUUCUUCAGUCAUGUGAUCACCCCGCACCUGACAUGUUCUGCUUGUGUGGCCGCAUCUAUAAGGACAUCUUCCUCGACUCUGACUGCAAGGACACCAAGAACAGGGACAACGCCAUCCAGUGGUAUAGAAAGGGCUUCGAGUUGCAGCCCACUCUCUAUUCUGGCAUUAAUCUGGCAGUGCUGCUUAUAGUGUCCGGGCAGCAGUUUGAGACUUCCAUAGAACUCAGGAAGAUCGGUGUGAGGUUGAACAGUCUGCUCGGACGUAAAGGCAGUCUGGAGAAGAUGAAUAACUACUGGGACGUGGGGCAGUUCUUUACUGUCAGCAUGCUGGCCAAUGACAUCCCCAAAGCUGUGCAGGCUUCAGAGAAACUCUUCAAACUUAAACCACCCAUAUGGUACCUGCGAUCAGUCGUCCAAAACCUUCAGUUGAUUCAGCAUUUUAAGAAGCAGAGCACUGAGCAUUCUCCUCAAAGAGAGAGACUCAACUUCUGGAUGGACAUUAUUGUGGAGGCCACACAAGGAAGCACCAACGGCCUGCGUUUUCCGGUGUUGAUUCUGGAGCCGACUAAAGUGUACCAGCCCUCGUACGUGUCCAUUAACAGUGAAGCUGAAGAGAAGAAUGUUUCUAUAUGGCAUGUGUCGCCUGCUGAGACGAAGGGAAUACAUGAGUGGAACUUCACAGCAUCAUCCAUCAAAGGGAUUAGCAUUUCCAAAUUCGAUGAGCGCUGCUGCUUUUUGUAUGUCCAUGACAACUCGGACGACUUCCAGAUCUACUUCUCCACAGAGGACCAGUGUGGCAGGUUCUGCUCCAUGGUGAAGGAGUUGAUCACAGACGGAUCAGGGAAUGCUGUCGAGCUGGAGGGGGAGGGAGAAGGAGACACCCUGGAGUACGAGUACGACUACAAUGAGAAUGGCGACAGGGUGGUUUUAGGUAGGGGAACUUAUGGAGUGGUCUACGCAGGGAGAGACCUGAGUAACCAGGUGCGCAUUGCCAUCAAAGAGAUCCCAGAGAGAGACAGCAGGUAUUCCCAACCACUGCAUGAGGAAAUAGCCCUCCACAAGUACCUGAAACACAGGAACAUUGUUCAGUACCUGGGCUCGGUGUCAGAGGACGGAUAUAUCAAGAUCUUCAUGGAACAGGUCCCUGGAGGAAGUCUGUCAGCAUUGUUGCGUUCAAAGUGGGGUCCUCUGAAAGAAGCCACCAUAAUCUUCUACACUCGGCAGAUCUUGGAAGGACUUCGUUAUUUGCAUGAGAACCAGAUUGUUCAUCGGGACAUCAAGGGAGACAAUGUCUUAGUCAACACCUACAGUGGCGUGUUGAAAAUCUCAGACUUCGGCACGUCCAAGAGGCUGGCUGGAGUCAAUCCCUGCACAGAGACGUUCACUGGUACGUUACAGUAUAUGGCCCCUGAGAUCAUCGAUAAAGGCCCUCGAGGUUACGGGGCACCUGCUGAUAUCUGGUCCCUGGGCUGCACCAUCAUAGAGAUGGCCACAGGCAAACCUCCUUUCCAUGAGCUGGGAGAACCACAGUUCUCUUUGUACCAGGUGGGCAUGUUUAAGAUCCAUCCAGAGAUCCCAGAGUCUCUUUCGUCAGAGGCCAAAUCCUUCAUUCUUGCAUGCUUUGAGCCUGACCCGAAUAAACGAGCAACGGGUGGGGACCUGCUCAAGGAUCCAUUCCUGCGUCAAAACAUUAAAGGCAAAAAGAACAAGAUCGCUUUCAAACCUUCAGUGUGGCAAGACUACAUCCGCAGUGUUUCAUUACCAGUACAGCUGCAGACGGAGGCCGCAGGGAGCAGCAGCAGUGAACCAGGCUCUGUGUCUCCCGACUGCGACUCCAAACAAGAUGUGUUCUUUGAGAAGAAAAAACGCUCUAGCUCAGAGAACCUCAUCAAACCACCCAACUCAAACUUCCUCAGUGUUCCAGAUGAGAGUCCUACAGCAGAAGACCGCAGCUCUCCAGCCUCCUCUGAGAACAGCGACUCUGGCCUCUUCCUGCUGAAGAAAGACAGUGAAAGACGUGCCAUACUCUACAAGGUCCUCAAUGAGGACCAGGAUAAGGUGACGUCCAACCUCAUGGAGAACCACAUCCAGGGUCAGGAGGAGCUGAAGUUGUCAGUGGACCACAUUAAACAGAUCAUCUGCAUCUUACGGGACUUUAUACGUUGCCCUGAGCGACGUGUCAUGGCAAUGACUAUCUCAAAACUCAAGCUGGACCUGGACUUCGACAGCACAUCAAUCAACCAGAUCCAGCUGGUUCUGUUUGGUUUCCAGGACUCUGUAAAUAAAGUGUUGAGGAACCACCACAUUAAACCACACUGGAUGUUUGCCAUGGACAACAUCAUCAGACGGGCUGUACAGGCAGCUGUUACGAUUUUAAUUCCAGAGCUACUGACGCAUUUCGGGCCUGCAUCGGAAAGUGAGGGUGCAGAUAAGGACGCAGAUGAAGUUGAUGAAGAGGAUGAUGGGGACUUUGGAUCAGUGGCACGUACGACCCAGGAAGAUCAAGCCCUCACGUCUGGAGUCAGCACCCUCAGUUCAGUCAUAUCCCAUGAGGUUCAGCGGCCACAGCACCCGCUGGGAGCCCAGCUUGGACGCCUCAAACAGGAAACCAGCAGGCUGCUUGAAGAACUGGUACAGAAGGAGAGAGAAUAUCAGCAGGUACUGAGACAAACUCUCCAACAGCGGGUACACGACAUUGAGCUUAUCAGGAUCAGACAACAGCCUUCUGCAGAGAUGCCCUCAACCCCCUCUAUAUUUCACAUUGCCGCACAUCCCGAGCCUGACAAGAAGCUCACUGAUUGGCUGAAGGAGCAGGGUGCCAAAUCUGACACCAUAGACAAGUUUGUUGAAGAAGAUUUUACGCUCAACGACGUUCUUUGCGAUGUUACAAAAGAAGACCUGCGCUGCCUGAGGCUUAGGGGAGGAGCGCUGUGUUGUAUCUGGAAAGCCAUUCAGAGACACCGUAAUAAAGGGCAAAAUGACGAGGGAAAUUCAGAAGGAUGAAAGCAGCGAGAGGUUGCUGUUGACUGACACCUGAGCCAGCAUUAUAAUACAUUCGCACAAACAUCCCUAUAAUGAGAGACCCUUACUGGCCCAAACCUUGUAAUUAUGUCAUGCUCUGCCCCAGUUUGACAGCUAUGACCUAAUGUUUUUGUGCUAUUUUUAGUAUAGGUUUUCAGCCUCUCCAUCUCAUUUCCAUUCGAUUUCAAUAGGAAAAGCAAUGAGGAUAUAAACGGCUCUAUCUAGGAAAGACUGCACUUUCCGAUUUUUUACACUGCCAGGACAAGAGGGGUCAUGUGACCCUCUCCAAGUGACUUGGGAAUGGGCCUAGGACGGCAGAGCAAAACAGUGUUACCUACUUAAUGUAGGACUUCAGAUCAUGCCAUUUUAAAUGAGAGAAAAUCUAUGUUUAUAUUUGUUUUAGCUUAACAAAUCUGGAAAAUGUAUUAUUCAUUAUAAAACAUUAUGUAUGUGUUUUUUUUUUUUUUGAGGAACUGUCUGUACAAAAUGACCACACACCUCUCGGACCAGGGCUAAAGAGCCUCUUUUAGAUGUAUUUUGAUAAGUUUGGAUGUAAUUACCCCAGUAUGUAGAUAAAUAAACAUGAACUAGUCAUAACAUUCAGUUGCAACUUGAGUAGCUAUGGCACUCAAUAGUUGCUUUUUUUGUAAAAAUGUGCAAGACCAGGCUUGCUGAAGGCAUACCAAGUGGUUUUCUUAAACCGCCAACCACGUUCCACAAACAUAUAUCCUCUUUCUUAAGAAUGAAGUGGCCUUUUGUGUCAGUAGCAGUUCAAAUUCAGGUUCAUUCAGCCAUUCUAUAGUCUGAAUGGAUCAAAGCACCAAAAGUGCUUAUCCAGGAUUUACAGAUUCUUAUAUAUGAUUUGUUCGUUCAUUUUU